AUGAUCCAUCAAAAUGGUGGACGAGCAUAAAAAUAAAUUAAAAUUUAAACGAAAGAAAAUAAAAUGGCGAUGAUGUCAUGGACGAUCAAAAACGCAAUGAAAGCGAUAAAAUUGUGUUCGUCUCAUAUAAAAGAGUGGUUGGGUUUGCACAAUAGGUUUUCGACAUUCCAGAAAGUCAUAAUCACAUCGAUAUGUGUGGGUGUGUUGCUAUGCAUUUUCAGGAAUCUGUGGUGUCUCCUUCUUUUAGUUACUUACGUGAGCGCCCUGUAUGGUUCAGUGACAGUCAUAAAUUAUCUUGCCCAACAGAACAACUGUUUACCUUCUGAUGCAGUUCUGAUUGUUUGGGAAAAUAUUGCCACUUAUGUGCAUUCAACAUUAUUUAUUGACAGCAGCCAAAAUAGACCAAACAACAGUUUAUCAGGUGAUGCAAGCAUAAUAGAACAAAGUGAUGUAUCCAAAAUAUUAGAUAAGGAAUUAAAAAGUCAGGAAACAGACACACAGUUAAAGCAGGUAGAAAAUGAAACCACUAAAGAAACUGAUUUAGAAUGUCAUCAUUUACAAAAGGGACUUGAUUUUGAAAUCCUAAAAUUAAUUAAACUGGUAGAACAAGAUUUUGUGAAAUCAUGGAUGAAAUUGUUUACAAAUGAAACAGAGUUAUAUUUAGAAUCUGAACAACUGCUUCAACAUAUAUUUCAAGGAAUCAUUGGCCGUUUACAUCGCAGUCAUAUUCAUUACCUUCAGCUGUUUAAUGUUCUUAUUUACAAGUAUAAAGAACAUGUUCAUCAUAUAAAGCAGGCUGAAAUGAUCUAUAAAUCCCAAUCCAAAAUGAGAAGAAGGAGUUCUCUAUCUUUGCAGAGUAUGAGUUCACAAAAUGUUUACCAAUCGGUUGAAGAAUGUUUUUUCUCUAAAGUUGAAAAGCAUCCAGCAAUAAAAUUGGAAACAGAAGAGUUGGCGUAUUUAAGAUCUGUGGUAGAGCUGUUGUUAAUGCAUCUCAUUCGAGAAGACACAAAAGAAAUAAAUGCACUCUUUUGUGCUUUAGAAGAACUUUUGGUGUCUAAUUUGUUUCAAAAUGUCAUCAAUUUGGUGUCUGAUCCAACAUUCAUACAUGAGAAAGUGAUUGCUAUUAUGUCAGAUGAAGUACUUAAUAUUGGCCCAAUAGAAGAAAGUAUCCAAGGAGAUUUUGAUGUAAAAUUAAAUUCAGAAAAUGAUGUUUUUGAAGAAUGUGUAGCUGAUACAAAUGAAGACAGUGUUGAAAAUGUUAUGUUUGAUUUAGAAACAAAAAGUGAAAACAUGAAUGUGAAUCCUACAAAUGAGACAGCUGAAAUAAUAGAAGAUUUGAGACAUGAUUUGUCUAAAUGGCUCUCAGAUACUGAAGUACAUGAAGUAAUUCCUAAAUUUUGUGCUGAGUGCAAUAGAUUAUGUUCUGUACAUUCUGGUAAAAUAUCUCCAAGACCACAUUCAUGUAAUAUUGGUACAACUCCUCUUUUCCGUGAUCCAAGUAUAAAAGAUCCUGACAGGAUGUCUAUUAAUUCACUGGAUUUUUUAAACAGCGUUUCAUCAAAUGAUGGUGUCAUUUUUAAGUUCCUAGAAUCGGAGAUAGAUGAAGAAAGAAAUGAUCUCAAGGAAUCGGAUGAGGAUGAUGUAGAAGCUCCUCAAGUCUUGACUACUGACCAAGGUGCUAACUGUGUUUUUAAUCCAUCUGAGGCAAAAUCUACCUCAGAAGUGGCAUUAACUAUGCCAAAAAUUACAAGCAAAUUUCAAAUGCCAAACAUUAAUAGCAUUGGGUUUGGUUUCCCAAAUCCUCUAAAUCUUUUUCCACGAAAAAGAUCGAGUUCCUCAGAAAAAUCUGACUUGUCACCAGGAUUGUCACCAGGAUUGUCACCAACUUGUGGCCAAGCAGAAUUUUUUGCAGAAAAUUCAACAAAAAACAAUUGGAGAAAAUCAAGUUCAACUGGCGAUGUGUUAACACUUCUAAAGGAUGGUGAUCUCCCUUCAUCAGUUGCAGGGCAAACUGUUUUCCAAGACAUCAGAAUUACUUCAACAGAAUCGGCUAAAGAGGCUGGUACUGCGGCAGGAACAUAUACUUUAUAUAAACUUGAGUAUGACGCGUUGUAUGGGACGGAAGAUGGGGAGCUGGUACACAGGACGGGCAUGGUAAAGAGACGAUACAGCGAGUUCAUCAACCUUCAGUCACGGUUGGAAGAUAACAAGGACUAUAAGAGGAGAAUGAAAGAUAUAAAGGGUCCUAAGAGGAUGCUUCCUUCACUGCCCUUUGGGAACAUGGGAAAGGAAACAGUGGAGAGUCGCAAAGAACAGCUUGAACUGUUUAUAAAGUCACUGUUAAAGUGCCCAGAUAUCUGCAAUGGUGAAGAGAUGAAACAGUUUCUAGGAUUCAGUGGGGAUGGCCAUAUUGCCUUUGUGAGAAAGAUUCCAGAGAACACUGGGCCUAGAAUUGACCAGAGAUUUGUCAAAAGGAUGUCAGGGGUGUUUGACAUGAUAGUGGAGGGUUUGCCCAGCCUCCCCCAGUCAAAGCUGCCCCGCAUUAUCUCCCCAUUUGACUCCAGCGAGCCAAAGUUUGAAGACAUCAGUUCCCUGACUGAAGAUCCAGAUGACAUUGCAGUCAUGUACAACGAGGACUUGAUAGAGGAGGAGGAUGACAUCAGCAUAGAUUUUGACAAGUUUGUCACUGAGAUGGUCAUGACAAUUUCUGAGCAGGAGUGUGACAUAACCCUGGGAACCAGCAUUCUCACCUGGCAGUCCCAGCAGGAAACUGGCUCCAGUCGCAUGACUCUAACGAAGCAAUCAGACGAUGCCAAACAAUGUCUGCAGUCAGAGCAGUCAGAAUGUCCUGUUCUGAGCUCUCCAGUGCUCAACACUGAGUGUCCAAUCACAGAGAGUUUGCUGGAUGUUCUCACAGUACUUCUACAAGGUCGCAGCCACUGGUUGUGUCGAGAGGGAGUCAUUCAUAUGGCAAGAAUAGUAGUGGGAAAAGGUCUAAAUAGAUUUCUUGAGUCAAAAAUAAAUUCCCUAAUCACCAAAGAAAUGCUGGAGUUCUAUGUCCACACACUGAAUGAGACAGUGUGGCCGAAUGGUGAACUUUCUGACGACGUACGUCCCCACUACACUGACGAACAGAAAGAACGCAUAAAAUCCCAGGCAACCAGGUGUCUAAGUGAAUUUUUACCUGGUGCCCUGAAAGCCCUGUUGGGAGCUGAGGACUUCCAGUUUGUUGUAGAGGAGAUGAUACAUUCUGUGCAAUAUGAACAAAUCAACAGGCAUCUGGUGUACACCCUAUUAGACUUAAUAGUGGAGGAACUGUUCCCAGAAGUGAAUGCACCAGAACUGCAGAGAAAACUGAGUGCAACUGUGGACCAGUCCAGAUAACUAUAGACUGGUUAUAAGAGAAAACUGAGUGUAACUGUGGAAUAGUCCAGAUAACUAUCGACUGGUUAUAAGAGAAAACUGAGUGCAAUGUGGAACAGUCCAGAUAACUAUCCACUGGUUAUAAGAGAAAACUGAGUGCAAAUGUGGAACAGUCCCGAUAACUAUAGACUGGUUAUAACAGAAAACUGAGUGCAACUGUGGAACAGUCCAGAUAACUAGAGAAUGGUUAUAAGAGAAAACUGAGUGCAACUGUGGACCAGUCCAGAUAACUAAAGACUGGUUAAAAGAGAAAACUGAGUGCACUGUGGACCAGUCCAGAUAACUAUAGACUGGCUAUAAGAGAAAACGGAGUGCAACUGUGGACCAGUCGAGAUAACUAUAUAUAUAUAUAUAUAUAUAUAUAUAUAUAUAUAUAUAGACUGGUUAUGUGUCAUUGAUUUCAUAUUUGAGCCUCAUUCUGAGAAAAACUGGGUUAUUGCAUGUGUAUUCCCCAGAAUCAGGGAUGACACUUUCCACCUAAACUGCAAUUUGUUUAGAAGGGACUUACUUUAAAGGAAAAUUCAAUAAAAAGUGGAAAGUGUUUUCCCUGAUUAGCAUGUGUGGACAGCACACACUAAUCUGGGACAACACUUUAUGCACAUGCAUAAAGCUCAGUUUUUCAAGAACGGGAUAAAUAUCUCAAAGUAUGCAGAAAAAUUGUCUGAUAUCUACACAGUAACCUGCCUCAUCAUUAAUAUCUUUGUAAUAAAUCACAAACAUAGACAUUUUGAGGGAAAGUUCGAGAUAACUCAUAAUGUGACUACACUGUUCCAGCGUCUUCACUGGUCCCUGCCUUGCUGGGUAUUUCUUGACAAGACUAUACUCUAAAGUGGGGAAUGGUUUUCUACAAGCAUUUUAAGUUAGAUUUUAUCUUCAGAGACGACACUAUUAGCUUUAAUGGAUUUUUUUUAAUUUCAAGAAUGUUUCUUGUUAAUGAGUAUCCAGUGUAGGCUGAAAGCCUGGGGGCCAUUUCAUAAAGGAUCGUACGACAAUUUUAACUUACGAGAGAAUUUUGUAAUCUUAAUAAGUAGACGAACUAGCUCAUCAUGCUCGUCAAAUAAAUACGGCGCUUGAGAUGCCAAUGUAAUUAAUUAAGUACUGAAAAUUUAUAAUAAUAUGAUAUGGACUUUACCAAUUAUGUAUCUUUGAAAAAUGUAUCGUAUUGUAAAUGUGUACUACGAUGUUUAUUGAAACGGUCCCCUGGUUCCUGAUCAGCCUCUGCACGUGACUGAACAUACAUAUGUGUCUUGUUCUGAUAAAACCGGGCAUAAUGCAUGUGCGUUAAGUGUCAUCCCAGAUUAGCCUGUGCAGUCCGCACAGGCUAUUCAGGGAGGACACUUUAGGCUUUUAUGGUAUUUUAAGUUUCAAGGAAGUCCCACUUUACCGAAAACCAAGUCUAGGCGGAAAGUGUCGUCCCUGAUUAGCCUGUGCGGACUGCUAUUGAAAGCUAUAUAAUCAAUGUAGUCAGUAAUAAUAGUCAAUAAAAAUACUCAUUUUAACCCUUUGUAUGCUGGGAAAUUUGUCGUCAGCUAAAAUGUUGUCUGCUAAAUUUCUAAAAUUAGCAUUUUCUUUGAUUUUUUUUCAAAGAAUACUAUCAGAAUAGCAAACAGUUUGGAUCCUGAUAAGACACCACGUUCUGUGGCGUCUCAUCUAGAUCCAAACUGUUUGCAAAGGUCUUCAAAAUCCGGUUCCAGCGCUCAAAGGGUUAAUGUUUUCUUACUUUGUUGAUGGACAACAUUGUUUAAAUUUUAAUUAAAUGCAGUAUGUUUUCAUUUGACUGUGCCAUUUACUGAUAAGUACAACUUGAUUACCGUAACUUUUCCUCUUAGAUGGUAACCCUUUACCACUUAGAUACAUAUUUUGACGCAUUUGUAGUCCCGCUAAAAGUUAAAUUAAAUACCUUUCUUACUAAAUUCAAGUUUUAAAUCCAACAAAUAUCCUCUAUAUUUUCAAUUCUUUGUUACUGAUGAGCAGCAAACAGCAUAAAACCUGAACAGACUGCGAGUUACUCACACGCUGUUCUGGUUUUAUGCUGGUUGCAAAAGCCAUUUUCACUUUGUUUCUAAGUGGGAAAGGGUAAUUAGCAAGUGAGAUCACUUAUCUUGACUUAUUCAGUUAUUUGUCAAAGUAACUAUUAUUCUUUGAACAAAAUCCUUUGCAUAAAGUAUUGAUCAGUAUUUUUUACUGUAUGAUUAAUGUUAGUUAUUCUAUACAUGAGUUAAUUUAUAUCAAAUAUCAUAAAUAUGUGAUUCAUGUCAAAAUAUGUUGUCAUUUCCUAUUUUAAAAUGCCUAUUUCUUAUGAUUUUUAUUCCCCCAAAGGAGGGCAUAUAGUGAUCGGACCAUCCGUCCUUCCGUCACACUUUGCGUUUAGGUUUCACGUUUAGGUUCUGAAAAAUGCUCAUAACUUCUACUAGAAUGUCCCUUCAGAUAGCAACUUGAUAUUUGGCAUGCAUGUGUAUCUCAUGUAGCUGCACAUUUUGAGUGCUGAAAGGUCAAGGUCAUACUUCAAGGUCAAAGGUCAAAAAAACAAAAUCAAAGCAGCUAUAGUAGGGGGCAUUAUGUUUCUGACAAACACAUCUCUUGUUUAUUGUAUAUAUUUUAAACAUUAUUUUACUAUUAUUUACUACAGUAUUUGUUUUAUGACACAAGACUAGCACAAAACUAUGUUAAUAUUCUCUUAUUUACAAAAUGAUGUUUUUUUCCAUUUUCUUAUUCUUUUAACAUAUUGGUGCAACAUUAUAACUUUUAAUUAGUGUGGAAACAUGUGAAUUUGUAAUAAUAUGAGUUGCGUUCUGAGAAAACUGUGCAUAAUGCAUGUGCGUAAAGUGUCGUCCCAGAUUAGCCUGUGCAGUCCGCACAGGCAAAACAGGGACGACACUUUCCGCCUCAACUUGAUUUUUGGUAAGGAGGGACUUCCUUGAAACUAAAAAUACCAUAAAAGCGGAAAGUAUGGUCCCUGAUUAGCCUGUGAGGACUCUUUACGCACAUGCCCAGUUUUCGUAGAACAAGGCUCAUAUACAUCCUUUAUGCAGUGUAUACUGCUCACAAAAAUUAGGUCCCAUGAGCACUAUAGUUGUCAAUAUAUUGAAGGUGCCCAUCAUCAUGUGUCAUAGCGUCAUGAAUUUAUAGCUGGUUGUUUCUCUACAGACUACAUUUUACACUUUAAAUGAAUCUUUGCAAAAUCUAGGCCAAAUUUUAAUCUGGAGAAUGUGUGUACAGAAACUAGGCCUCAAGGUCAAAUCGUAGAAAAUCUUGGUUACCACUUUAAUAGUCGCAUUGAUGACUCAAUCCGGAUGAAAAAAAACACACACAAAAACAGAAAUUGAUUUGAAAGAAUGUUGAUCUUGACUACAGCUAGAUUGAGAUCAACUCUUGGUCAUAUUUGUCCAAAAAAUAGGCCACCAACACAGGAAAAAAUUAUACACUGAUGAUGUGUAAAAUAAACAAAAAUGUGUGAUUGUAUUGUAAAAGUUUUCUAUAUUUCAUUGUACAGUUAAUCCAACUGUGUGUUAUUACCUCAAUCCAGGCACAAUGAGCUCAGUGUGUCCAUGAUAUGAGUCAUGUUCUGAGAAAACUGGGCAUAAUGCAUAUGCAUAAAGUGUCGUCCCAGUUUAGCCUGUGCAGUAUGCACAGGCUAAUCAGGGACGACACUUUCCGCCUAAAUUGGAUUUUUGAUAAGAAGAGACUUCAUUUGAACAAAUAAUGUCAUAAGAGCGGAAAGUGUCGUCCCUGAUUAGACUGUGCAGUUCGCACACUUUGAGACGACACUUAAUGCACAUGUAUUAUGCCCAGUUUUCUCAGAACGCGUCUCUUACAGAUAAGGUGCUUAUAUAACUGACAUUCCCUGUUACCAAAUGAACUGUGCUCUUGGAAAAAGGGGCUUAAUGCAUGUAUCAUCCCAGAUAAGCCUGUGCAGUCCACACAGGCUUAAUGCAUGUAUCAUCCCAGAUAAGCCUGUGCAGUCCACACAGGCUAAUCAGGUAAAAAGCAUUCUGCCUUAACAUGAUGGCUGCUUAGAUGUGACCAACUGAAAAAUCCAGUAAUAAAUCCUGUGGACUACACACAGAAUGACAUGGUAAAAACAAAAAUUAAGGCCCAUUUUCUCAGAGUGCCAAUCAACUGUAUGUUGUAUUUUAUUUUUAUCAUUGUGCAGCGCAUAAUGUUUUACCUCUGCAAUAUGGGUGUUGUUCUUAUCAUGAUCAUAUAUUUUGUGCAAAGCUGUUUGUUAUAUAAGUAUAUUUUCUUUUCUUUUUGAGAUGCUACCAUUUUGGAAAAUCUUGACCUGAGAAACUAUGUUUUUUAGUUUAUGCUAAUGUUUUUGUUUUUUUUAAGCUUACUGGGUACUUGCCAUUUGUUCACUUUAGAUUUAGCUGUCACAACUGAAAAUAAAUAGUAGUAGUAUAAUUAUUAAAAAUUUUGUUAUGUUUAAACUACAAAUAUGUUUCUUACAAUGUUUCAACAAACAAUAUGUUUUUUACAAAAAACUAUUCAGUCUUUUGUUUUCUAUUCAGAGGUGUUCUUAACUGAUGUAAAGUUUGUAUAACAGCUAUAAAAUUAAAGAUAUUUUUAUUUCAACAUUAUUUUAUAAAUGCUUGUGCUAUUUAAAUGACAACAAUAUUACUCAAUGCUGUGCUAAGGUUUUGGGACUUCAUUUUGCACUAUUUGUGAGGGGUUUUAUGAUGAUAAUUUUCUUUUUUUAUUAAAACUGUUUUUUCUGUGAGAUUAAUAAUAUAUAUGGACUGUAUUAUGGUGACCAUGUGAAUAUUAUGAGUAAGUUGAAUAAUACGUUUUUCUUAAAAUGUCUACAUUUUAGCCGAGGUCUGGGAGUUCUGGGCUUAGUGCAUGUGUGUAAAGUGACCGGUGCCCCUAAUAAGGGAUGACAGAAUCCAUUUUUACCCUUUGCAUGCUGUGUUAUUUGUCUUCUGCUAAAAUGUCGUCUGCUGAAUUUCUAAAAUUAGCAUUUUCUUCAAUUUUUUUCAAAGAAUACUAUCCAAAUAGCAAACAGUUUUGAUCCUGAUGAGACGCCACGUUCUGUGGCGUCUCAUCUGGAUCCAAACUGUUUGCAAAGGCCUUCAAAAUUCGGUUCCCGCACUAAAAGGGUUAAUGAAUUUUUAUGUUUAAAGGAUAUGUCUUACGAAUGAAAAUCUAUAAUAGGCAAAAAGUAUUUUUGUACACACAUGUAUUCAGUCUUUUUCACACAGACCUUUACAUUUACAUUUGUCAUUUAAACAUUCCAAAUGUUAAGUUUCAGGAUUGUUGUAGUGAGAGCUAGAAUCUCGUCCAGCCUGUUUUGUGAUCAUCAACAGUUGUUGUAGUUGUUCUUUGUUGUUUAUUUUGUAAAUAGCUAUUCAAAAUUGAAAGGUCAAAAUGUAGUAUGACGUGUAAAACCAGAAAAAGCUAAUUUACAUAUUAAUCAUGACCUUAUUUUAAAGUCACAUUCUUAAAAUAAUGUUUCCCUUUGAAAAUAAAAAAUUAAUAAAAAAAUACAUAUUCAAUAUUAAGUCUUGUAGCUCACAAAUGUUUAGUAUGGACCAUAUCAAACAGAAAAAAGGAGUAAUAUCACAGAAACUGAUUUGGAAUAAAUGUAAAUUUUAACAGAUUAAAGAGUUUCUUCAUAUAUGUUUUCACUAAUAUCCAUAUUGUGUGAUGAAUCUAUUGUUUUACAUUUGAUUAUUACAUCACCAUGCAUAUUAUGUAGCCAAACUUGAAAUUACGUAUGAUUGCUUAUUAUUAAUGACAAUUUUAUUUUAGUAACAAAAAGACACUGUUAAAUAUAUGUAUGGUAUUUAUGGUAUAGUAUGGUAUUUACUGUAGUGUCAUGUGAGGAAAUCUGUAUUAUUGUACAAUAUACAUUGUCAUGUUAUGAAUACUUUAUAGCUGUAUACAUUGUGUCUCAUAAGAGUGUGCAAUAUGUGUUGGUCUUGUUAUACCCCUACAAAUGAAGUUUAUGGGGGUAUAUAGGAGUGUGCUUGUAGGUCGGUCUGUCGGUCGGUCCGUGUUAAGUGUACGCUCUCUAAGUCAAGUUGUUUUCAUCCAAUCUUCACCACACUUGCUCAGAUGUUGUAUCUAGAUGAUGUCUAGGUCAAGUUCGAAUAUGGGUCAUGCCGGGUCAAAAAUAGGUCACAGGGUCACUAAGUGCGUUUGAAAGAUUCAGAAUGGUGUCCGCUCUCUAAUUCAAGUAGUUUUCUUCCGAGCUUCACCACACUUGGUCAGAAGUUGUAUCUAGAUGAUGAUAAGGUCAAGUUCGAACAUGGGCAAUGCCGGGUCAAAAACUAGGUCAUGGGGUCACUUAGUGCGUUUUCAACAUUGAGCAUGGUGUCCGCUGUUUUAUGUGAAGACAACAUGCAAAAUAAUCUGUGUCAAUGCGACAUAUGGGGGUAUUCGUUACGUCUGUGACAAAGCUCUAGUAACAUUAGCAUUGUUAUCACUGCCUUCAUUUUACUUUCUUUACUUUAUUGUUACGGAGUAAGAGUAUAGCGUCUCUUUGGAGCCAUAAGGUACUGUGCUCAUAUGUAAUUUAAACUGAUGUUCAGCCAAUCUAAAAAAAUGACCGGGGGUCUGAAGAGGAGCAGUGUGAUCUUUUAUUUUAGAAAAUCGUUGAUCGGUAAACUUUGUACAUUGUAAGUGACUGUAUUGUGCUGUUUCCAAUUCAGUACUUAUAUUCAAUCAUCAUUUAAAGAUACAUUCCAUAAGGUAUGUGCUUUAUUAAAAAUAAGUGUAUGUUAAUAUCAAGAAUACUGUAUGUAACUCUGUACAAUCUUCAAAAGCCAAAUAACACAUUGGGUGUGUCUAUAUUUACAAGAACAUUGACAAACAAAAAUAAGGACACAAACGUCUUGGACAUAUUUUAAAAGUUCUGUAUUUGUUAUUUAAUUGGGGUCUUAUAAAGGUAUUGAUAUUUUAGUGUUUGUAAAUACAGUUGUUACCCGUGAUAUAUUGUAAUGUGUGAAUAAAAUGCUUGUUAUAUCGUA